CUGAUUGGUUCUCCAUCAGGUCAACUGUAAAAAAUACCUUGUAGUUUGCACAGACUAUAGUAAUAUCCUUUGCAGUUCAGAAUGUGUUCCCCUCUCCAAAAUCCUCCCAUCCUUCACUACAAGAAUCUGAUCCGCAUCCAUGACAGUAGAUAGGCGAUGCCUAUAGAAGGAACUGUUAGUAAGAGACAGUGGCUUGCGGCCUGGAGAGACCUAUUUACGCAAUAUAAUAACAAUCGUAGUCGGACCAGCACAGAGCUGCUUCAAUCCUUGUUGCACACAUACUUCGAUCUCGCUGUCUAGACUGCUGGUGGCUUUGUCCAGGAGGACAAUCUUCGAGUUUUUGAGAAUCACUCCUGCUAUCGCGACACGCUGCAGUUCGCCACCAGACAAGCUACACAUAGCUGCUACAGGUGUAUCGAUCAAUUAAGUGCUUGCCCGAUAUAUUGAUUUGCUCUGCUAAUUGUAUUAUUAGCCGGUUACUGUCCGCAUUUGAUCGAGUGAAACCAGGGGCUAGAUAGCCACAAUGCUAACAGUUCUCAAAAGCUCUUCUUCCCAUAGCUGUACCAGUUCUCAAACAUCACCAAAGACAGACGAACAAGAGCAGAAACUCAAUAAAAAGGUUCGCGGACGCAGAGCUAGAACAAAUUGGCUCUCCAUCUAUUUGUAUGAUCUCGCGCAUUGAGCAACCCCGUGGCCUUCAAUUGACGAACGACCCAAUUCCUCCGCACCACUCACCUACCUUCAAGAUACGCAACCCCUCCCUCAACGCAUGACCGAAACGACCACCCCAGACUUAUAAUAGCAACCACAACAAUAAUAAUAGUAACAAACUUGAAAAGAAGAAUACUCUUGACACGCUCUGUCCCUCUUUGCCCAUAGCACAACACGGAUCCCGCAUCCGCACCUAUAACCAUGGCGAACCAGGCAUCUACACCGGGACCCACGUCCAUUCCCACAUCGACAGAGACGGCAGCGGACACGAUCGAGCUACUAAAGUCGCGGCUACGCAGGAUUGAGUACCUGUUAACGGGCGAGGCGAGCUGGACGGGGGAACCGCCACGGCUGACAACGGCGACGGGUGUUGGCGAAGGUGAGAAGCCAGUGACGACGCGGUUGGCGAGGCUGGAGUAUGAAUUGAAGACGCUGGCAGAUAGAGUGCCGGCUGUGAGGGAUGUUUUGGGACUUUACUCCCGCUUCCCAGACCUCUUCCAAUCAAUCCACCCCACCAACACCUCUUCCUCCUCAUCCGCCGCAUCGCAUCCCCCAACAAUCCCCACAUCCCUCUCCCAACAGGCCCUAACCUCCAUAAUCCUCUCCUACGCCUCCGCCUUCCCCGAAACCGCCUCCCGCCUCACCUCGCUCAAAGACCUCCCCAUCCCCCCCGCCUCCCUCUCCGCCUCCCUGAUAGAGCUACAACCACGUCUAGACCGACUAGCGGCUGUGCAGGAGCAGCAGGCAGCUGAAAUAGCGGAGCUGAGGGCGCGCAGUGCGCUAGUGGCGAAGCGGUGGGUGGAGGUUGGGGUUUUGGGGGGGAGCGAGGUUUGGGCGGAGUGGGAGGGGAGGAUUGAGAGAGUGGAGAGGGGGGUUAGGAGAUUGGAGAGGAGGAGGGAGGUGUAGGAGAUAUGCGUUAGAUUGUAGGGGCGUGGAAUUUUAUUUUUAUUUUUUAUUUUUAUUUUUUGGCUUCUUUUCCUUUCUGGCUUGGCGACGGGAGUGUGAGCAGGUGGAAGAUAUCUAUGCGGCAUUUGUAUAUUUUAUCAUGAUGUUAUUAUUAUUAUUCUGCGGGACCUAUGCUCCGCCUAUGCAUCGAUAUAUCUACUGCGUAGGGCGUUUUCCUUCUGCGCAAACCAAUAGUUAUACUUUUCUCCCUUUUCACCUUGCUAGAGUUUUUCUUGUCCUCCUUUUUUACCCUAUUUUUUAUUUUUGGUUGCGGCAUUUUUCUACCCUGUUUCCCUGUUUCCCUGUUUCCGACCUACCUCUCCUCCUUGCCCUUCUCUUCCUAGCUAGCAGCAGGCCCGUGGGACAGAGCGAGCGGGAUUGACAUGCAUGACCAGGAAACCUGGGAGAAUUCAAGAAAAAUAUAUUCAGCUGGACUAUUUUAUUUCAAAGGGUACGUAAGGUUUCUAGCAAAGCCAGAGUGUGGCAAUAGUCAUUCAUCUCAUAUCACUUUUCUCGCGGUAGAUACAGAAGCCGGUAGGAUCUCUUGUGCCCAUUUAUGUGUAUAUGUUGUAUGUGCAGGUGUGUAGCUAUGACCAACUCAAUAUGCCUACAUAUAACUAUAGCAGUAGUACGCAGUAAGGUACGUUGAAUAGGGCUGUCCUAGGGUGGGUGGUGAAUAAAACAAAAACAGGGCUGGUGGAGAUGAGAUGGAGAUUUAUAUAUAUGUUUGAGUAGUUACCAAGGUACACUUGGUAAGAACUUUAUAGCAAUGACUAACGCUUUAAUUUUUCUCUUUUUAUUGGUUUAAAAAGAUACACAUAGUGUAACCUGGAAUUCUU